UAUUCACUUAAUUCAUCAUCUCUGUUCAAAAGUGAAAGGAUUACUGUUCGUGCGUGUAGACGCAAUACAACCCAAGUGCGGUGUUGUUUUUCACACUAACAAGUUAAAAUGAGUGCCCGAUGAACAGGUUUUUGGAAAAGGAAAGGGACAUGAUUUUUUGAAAAGUGAUCACCUGAAGAAGUCUGAGAUGAGCAAGAUCCAAUUCGUCUUCCCGAUACUAGUUUCCUUGUUGGCUUUUAACCAGGAAUGCUCAUGUGAGGAAAAAGGGGAGUUCGUGGCUGAUUAUAAAGAAGCUUUGAAGUUGUCCUUGCUGUUCUACGAGGCGCAAAGGUCUGGAAAAUUGCCCAGCAACAACAGGAUCAAGUGGAGGGGGGAUUCUGCUUUGAAUGAUAGGGGUGUGAAUGGCGAAGACCUUACUGGAGGGUAUUACGAUGGAAGCGACUUCGUCAAAUUCGGAUUCACCAUGGCAUUUGCCACCACAAUUUUGUCAUGGGGGGUCAUUAAAUACAAGGACGCUUAUCAGGCAGCAGACCAAUACACCGAGGUCCUGGACGCUAUAAAAUGGUCAACAGACUACUUCAUCAAGUGCCACGUUAGCAAAAACGAGCUCUACGGCCAAGUGGGCAACUUCCCCCUGGACCACGCCUUCUGGGGAAGACCCGAAGAGAUGAACAUGAACAGACCCGCCUUCAAAAUCGACGAAACCCAUCCAGGUACUGAUCUAGCAGGCGAAGCUUCAGCUUUGUUUUCUUCGGCCAGUAUAGUGUUUAGGAACGUCAACGAGAGUUAUUCCAGGGAAUUGUUGCGGCACGCCAUAGAACUGUACGAUUUCGCGAAUAACUAUAGGGGGCUCUCCCAGGACGUGAUACCAGGGGCAAAGCAGUAUUAUGAGAGUUGCACCUGCAGAUCCACUUCUUUCGGUGACGAACUCACUUGGGCGGCGGCGUGGCUUUACAAGGCCACCAAGAACCCCGUUUAUCUGGGAGACGCCCAGAAAUACUACCAGGAAUUCAACGUGUCCAAGGAAGUGCCCAACAAAUUUUUUUAUAAGAAACAAACCGUUGGAAUACAGGUCUUGUUAGCAGAGUCAACUGGAUCUUCUGAGUAUAUAGAGCCUAUAAAAAGUUUCUGUGACAACUCCGUCGAUACUCAGUUACGAACUCCCGAAGGUCUGAUAUUUAUCCAUAAAUCUGGCACCCUGCCGCAUGCUGCCAACAUAGCCUUCCUGUGUUUAAUAGCAUCGGACUUGCCCGACAUGCCGUCUGAAAAGUACACGACAUUUGCCAAAGAACAGAUCGAUUACAUUUUAGGAGCCACCGGUAGAAGUUACGUUGUGGGAUAUGGUGAGAAUUUUACACAACAGCCAUACCAUUCAGCUAGUUCUUGCCCUGACAAACCACUCGCAUGUGGGUGGGACGAAUAUCAUUCCAAGCAGCCCAACCCUCAGAUCCUCUAUGGUGCUCUGGUAAGUGGACCUGACCAGAAUGACCACUACGAAGACAGGAGGGAAGAGUUUUUGUAUAAUGAAGUCACUGUGGAUUACAACGCCGGUUUCCAGAGCGCUCUAGCUGGUUUGAUUCAAAUCUCGGACGAUAUAAGGGUGUCAGCUUUGUAGUUAGUGAAAAUAAGCUAAUGUAAAAAAUUAAAGGAUGGAAAUGGUCGUAUCGGGAAUUGAAAAAAGCAUUUUGAAGCUCUAAGAUUCUAG